AUGCCGUCUCCAUUCUUGACGCCGAAUGCCACGGCCGACGCAGACGGUCUCGCUCUUCUACAGCUGCGUCGCGACCAUAUCAUUCCAACAAUCCUCCGCAAAUACGACGACGAGAACCAAGGCUACCUCGAAGGAAAGGUGACCAAUACCCGAUUCGGAUCCUUCCCACACAGCACCCUCAUCGGCAAACCCUGGGGCUCGCAAAUUGUCGCUUCAAAAGUCGACACCGGCUCGCGCGGCCGCAGAAACACCGGAAAACGCAAGGCUGAGGAGCUCGAUGCAUCGGGAGCAACAACACCCGCGGAGGACGAGAAGCCCGAAUUGAAGGCCGCGGUCGCUGCAACCAGUGGUUUCCUGCACGUUCUCGCCCCAACACCCGAAGCCUGGACCUUGUCCCUCCCCCACCGCACCCAGGUCGUCUACACACCCGACUACAGCUACAUCCUUCACCGACUCCGCGCACGACCAGGAAGCACAGUCAUCGAAGCCGGAGCGGGUAGUGGCUCCUUCACACACGCGGCCGUGCGCGCCGUGUUCAACGGGUACCCCGAGACAGCGCAGGCGAACAAACGGCGACGUCUGGGAAAGGUGUGCAGUUUCGAGUUCCACGAGCAGCGCGUGGGCAAAAUACAAGCAGAACUCAAGGACCAUGGACUCGAUGGGCUAGUGGAGGUUACACAUCGCGACGUCUACGAAGACGGUUUCCUACUAGGUGAUCCCAAGACCGGCCAAUCGCCCAAGGCCAACGCCAUCUUCCUGGACCUACCUGCGCCCUGGCUGGCAUUGAAACAUCUCACGCGCAACCCUCCCUCCGGCGAGUCAGCUCUUGACCCGUCAUCACCUGUCUACUUAUGCACUUUCUCGCCUUGUCUCGAGCAGGCCGAGCGCACGAUCCGCACAAUGCGCCAGUUAUCAUGGCUGAAUAUUUCCAUGGUAGAGGUUGCCCAGCGUCGGAUCGACGUGAGGCGGGACCGUGUUGGGUUAGAUACUGAGGGCGUGCGUGGUGCAACCCUGUACCCGAAGACCGUUGACGAGGCAGUCGCCAAGCUGCGCAGCGAUGAACAGCGCGCCAAGCGCAUCCGUGACCACCGGCAAAACAGAGAGGACCCCGAUUACAAAGAGAUUGUGGAGGAUCCGCCGGCUUACAAGGAGGCGGCUUCUGAUGCGCCUUCAUAUGCCCUAGGUCGCUUGACGCACCGGACAGAGCCGGAUCUCAAGACGCACACUUCAUAUCUGGUGUUUGCUAUCUUGCCUCGGGAUUGGUCCGAAGAGGAUGAACAACGUUGCAGGCAACAAUGGCCGUCCGAGAGGAUUGCUAAGCCGGAUGAUAAGCCGACGAAGAGCAAGAAGCAAAUGAAGAAGGAGGCUGCGUUGGAGCGGAUACGGAUUCGGGAGGAGAAGAAGCAACAGGAGCGGGAAGCAGGGGCUGAGGAGGGAGCUCAGCCUGAGAUGGAGGUCAAGACAGAAUUAAAGUCUGAGGAGAUGACCGAUGCAUGA